AUGGCUACCUUAGCUGGCAUCAUUAAUUUUGACGAUGCUGUAAAGGCUGUCAAAACCGACAACAUGGAUCUCGACAGCGCUUCUGCCCAUUUGUUGUCGCAUCUCACACUAGAGGAACGCCUUUGGUUGCUCGAUGGCGACGUGCCGUUCUGGCCAGGCCUCUAUGAUAUGAUGACUCACGGCUUCUGCCACACCCCUUGUAUCAUGGGAGAGAUUCCACGUCUCAAUAUACCUGGCACACGUUUUUGUGACGGGCCUCGAGGCUGCAUCUUGGGCAAGUCUACUGUGUUCCCUGCUGCAAUGGCCCGCGGCGCAAGUUGGGAUGUCGCCCUCGAGGAACGCGUGGGAAGGGCCAUUGGCCGCGAGAGCAAAGCACAGGGAGCGAACUUGUUUGGCGGCAUCUGUGUCAACAUCCCUCGACACCCCGCAUGGGGUCGUGUUCAAGAAACAUAUGCUGAGGAUCCUAUAUUGCUCGGCAAGAUGGGUGCCGCGACCAUGAGAGGUGUGCAGGAAAAUGUCAUGGCGUGUGUCAAACAUUUUGCUCUCAACUCCAUGGAGAAUGCUCGUUUUAAAGUCGACGUCAAGGUAGACGAAGAUGUCUUGCAUGAGGUCUAUCUCCCGCAUUUCCGUCACCUUGUGGAGCAAGGCGUUUCUACUGUCAUGUCUGCUUACAACUCCGUGCGUGGUGAGUGGGCAGGUCAUAGCAAGGAACUGUUGACGGAUAUACUUCGUGACCAAUGGGGAUUCAAAGGAUUUGUCGUGGAGGAUUUUCUUUUCGGAUUCCGUGAUGUCGUCCUAUCAUUGAAAAAUGGUCUCGACUUGGAAGCCCCUUUCAGACAGCAACGCGCCCAGCACCUGGAGGGCGAAUUAAAAGCUGGAACUGUGGAGCAGCGUGAUGUUGACCGUGCCGCUCGUGUCAUCUUGCGAACUCUGAUCGCCAAUGAAGUUAAGCGCGGCGAUUCCAAGCCAACGAUGGACGUGGUUUUUUGCCAGGAACAUCGGCAUUUGGCCAGGGAGUCAGCUGUCAAGUCGAUGGUGUUGCUUAAGAAUGAUUCUAUUGAAGGCAGACCAGUACUUCCGCUCCCGUCAAAUAUUCCCAAGCUCGCUGUUCUAGGAUGGCUGGCCGAUUCAACAAACACUGGAGAUAAAGGAUCAUCAGCGGUUCGCUGCCCGGAGGUUAUAACUGCGUACCAGGGGAUUAGGAGCGCUCUCCCUGGCACCGAAGUUAUUCUGGGAGAUUCAAACGACAUGGUUGAAGCAAGCCGUAUAGCAGCAGCUGCCGACGUCGUGGUUUUAGUCGUAGGAUACGACUUCCGCGAUGAAGGCGAGUAUACUGCGCCUGCAUUUAAUGCAACGCCAGGUUUGAAACAUGUCAUACCCCCCAGUGACGGUUCUCCUGAGACAAAUACUAUCAUCAACAGGCUGGUGAACCCUGUAGCGAGAAAAUCGGACCAGGGCAAAGACAACUACGGCUUUGGUGCCGGAGGAGACCGCAGACACAUGCGAUUACGGCCUGAUGAUGUGGAAUUGAUCAAAACCGUAUCGACGGCAAAUCCAGCCACAGUGGUUUGCAUCGUAUCUGGUGGUGCAGUUAUUAUCGAAGAAUGGAAGGAAUUUCCGGCUGCCAUCUUGUACAAAUGGUAUUCGGGAUGCGAAGGGGGCAAUGCCCUGGCCGACCUAUUGGUGGGCAAGGAAAACUUUGCAGGAAGACUGCCAUUCUCGGUCCCUACAACCGAGAGCCAUUUGCCGCAUUUCGACAACGACGCGGAAUCUAUCGAAUACGACCGAUGGUUCGGCCAAAAUCUACUUGAUCGACUCGGAGUCGCGGCUGCCUAUCCCUUUGGAUUUGGCCUUUCUUAUACUACUUUCGCCACAGCUUACCUUGAAGUUGAAAUCUCUGAACUAAAUGAAGAAUUGAAGGUUUCUUUAUUAGUUGUAAAUGCUGGGGAUGUGGCAGGCCGAUUCAUCGCCCAGGUUUAUGGCGUUGUGGAAGCAGCCGAUUGGCCGACGAGGAAUUUGCUUGGAUUCUCUACUAUCGACCUCAAUGGUAGAGAGAAAAAGAGAGUAUGUUUCCCUGUUUCCACAAGACCUCUAAAGCGGUGGAAAAGGGAGUCAUGGGAGCUCGUCAGCCGGUCCGUGACGAUUGAAGUAAGCGGAUACGCGGGCGAUGAAAGCAGUGUACGGUUAGCAGUUGACCUAGGCCCCUAG